UAUCUGAAUCGCCCAUCACUCGGAUCGGCUCGGACCCUUAGAGUGCGCGGAAUGGCGCUGGUGUGGGAAUCGUGACAGGGACAUUAAACUCAAACAAAUGUGAUUUUAUUCUGUUCGUCGGACGUGGAGAUUCCUGCUGUCUCGUUAAACCCCUCCACACAAAUCCUGUGCGAGAAGAAUAUGGAAACAUCGGACAGCAAGUGUGUACUUUCGCUGCUUCUGUUAGUCAUCUGUCAACUAGUGGAUGUGUCUCAAACCUAUGGCUCCAGAUCACAAAAGAAGCUUACAGAAAAUAUCGACUGGUCCUACGCAGGAACAUUAAACCAAAACAAAUGGCAUAAGAAAUACCCAUCAUGCAACAAUGCCAAGCAGUCACCGAUAAACAUCGAGGAGAGCCUGGCGCAGGUCAAAGCUCAGUUUCAGAAAUUGAGGUUUGAAGGCUGGGAGCAGCAGACCUUAGAGUCCACAACAGUAAAAAAUGAUGGCAAGACAGUGACAAUAGAUGUGAGAGGCGAAUUCAGUAUAAGUGGAGGGGGGUUGAGGUCCACGUUUAGGGUGGGCCGCAUUACUUUUCACUGGGGCCGCUGCAACGCCUCCUCUGAUGGCUCUGAGCAUGGCAUCAAUGGAGUCAAAUUCCCCUUGGAGAUGCAGAUAUAUUGUUAUGAGGCUCAUCAUCAUCAAUCUAUAGAUGAUGCCCUGAGGUCUGGAGGACAGAUUACUGCUCUUGCUGUACUGUUUGAGGCAAGCGAUGAAGAUAAUGAAAACUACGAAGCCAUCAUUGAUGCCGUCAACAGUGUCAGCAGAUAUGGAAAGAGUAGUAGUGUAUCACCGUUCAUCUUACAAGGCCUCUUGCCCAACUCCACGGAGAAGUACUUCAUCUACAAUGGCUCGCUCACGUCUCCUCCUUGCCACGAGACAGUGGAGUGGAUUAUUUUUAAAAACACCGUGGCCAUCUCUGAAGCGCAGUUGGAGAUAUUCUGUGAGGUGAUGACCAUGCAGCAGGCGGGCUAUGUAAUGCUGAUGGACUACCUGCAGAAUAACUACAGAGAGCAGCAGCUUCAGUUCAUGGGCCAGGUCUAUUCUUCAUACACUGGCACUGAAGAGAUCCUCACACCCAUUUGUAGCUCGGAGCCAGAGAAUGUGCAGGCAUAUCCAUACAACUACACAAGUCUGCUAGUGAUGUGGGAGAGACCGCGGGCUGUGUAUGACGCAAACAUCGAGAGAUAUUCAGUCACCUACUGGCAGGCACACGGGAAUGAUCCACCUAUGAUUGAGUACCUUACUGAUGGAGACCAGGAUGUGGGAGCCAUCAUCCCAGACCUGGAAGCCAACACCAGCUAUGUGGUUCAGGUGAUGGCAGUGUGCACUAACGGUCUGUAUGGGCGUCAGAGUGAUCAGCUGGUAGUGGACAUACCCGUGAUUGACCCUGAAACAGACCCUGACCCUGACUCCUUUGCAUUUGAUGAAAAGGAGGACUAUCCGAGCACCCCCUUGUGGGUUCAGCCUGACUCAAAUCAGGCACCCUAUCCAGUGCAAACCACUACAAUCAGCCCCAGGUCUACUACAACUGAGAGCCAUGUCCAUCCUUUAUUUGGCGAGAAAACAACCCCAGUCCCUACUGAAAAUCGUUAUCAGGGCGUUUCUGUAAAACAUACAUCCCAACCAACCACCAUGACCCCUACCACUGCGUUCACUACUGUCCAAACCAAACAGCCUGUUCCUCCAGCCAUCGAUAUUAAAACCACCCCGACACCCACUGAAAGCCAUUACCAGGGGAUUCCAGUUGAACAGACUACCCAUUACACCCCUGUUAAUAAGUUCACAUUUACAACCGUACAGCAUCCAGUUCCUUCAGUCUUUGAUAGUAAAACCACCUCAGCAACCAACCUUGAAAACCUUUCCCAAGACAUUCCAGCAAAACACCCUGCCCAACCUACCACCAUGACCCCCACAAAUGUACUCGCUUCUGAAUCAGAUUAUAGCAGCAUAGCACCAAGUGUGGUCUCAGAAGAUAAUGAUCUCAUCGACAGCUCUGUGGGUCGUAGAGUAAAAAUUAGUCCUCACGAUGCAGAAACCACAGCAACUUCAGUGGCAGGGGUGGAAGAGUUCACUGACUCACAUGGCUCUGGGGAGAGCCCUAUUUCUGCUACAGAUCCAGCCUCCUCCUUCCUCCCCACAGAGGUCCAAGUGCAAACUACAUCUCCUACUGUGCCUCUCCCCACGACCAUGACCACUGCCUCUGGUGGUGUCCUCUCACCAGAGUUCAAUGGUGAGAACUCUCCCACUGCGACCCCUGUGUGUGACUCCCAGCUUUGCCUGCAUGCUAUUCCUAUGUCCAUUCCCUCUAGCUCUAUGUUGUCUGAGUCUUCGUCUUCCCCAGACUGGAACCUCCCAUAUACUACACCGUCUGUCCCCUACUUCUUCUCCUACCCCGUACUGUCCAGCUCUCCCUCCAGCUCUGUGUCUUAUUGGGAUGUGGAAACUGUCUCUAGUGGUGAUGAUGGUGAUGAUGGUGACAUAUUGUCCGGGUCGGCCUCAGGUGCCACCCCGAGUAACAGUACUUUCCCUUUUCAAACGUUAACAGACUCAGCUGACUCUGAACUAUCUGUGUCGCUCAGCUCGGAGCAGGACAUCUCAAAGAUCUCCAAGAUUUUUAGCACUGUCUCUCCAUCUCUGCAGCCUUCGGUUACCUUAUCUAGCGACUACUCUUCUUUUUUCACCUCCUCUCUCUCAGAUAGUGUGGUGGAGUGGGCUGAUUUUUCUGUGAAACCUGUCACUGUUGUUCAAAGUCAUGAUGCCUCUUGCAUCUCAUCGCAUAUUUCAAGUUCUGUGUAUUCACUGUCGUUACACCUAAUGCCCUCAUCAUCCAUAAGUGACAUGUCUAGUGUAGUAGAGGGUCAUUCAUUUCCAUCUUUCUCCACUGUUGGAACUGAUGGGUUCAGUGCAACAAACUGGGACCUAUCUUCUCUCACUGAGCCUUCUAGUGAUCUGCACUUCUCUGUUACAGCCAGCAUCAACGGCAUCAGAAGCAGUGAAAGUUCCCAUGCCCUAGGAAGCUCUGUUCCCUUGGAGACUCCCACGGUGUUGUCAACCUCAAUCCCAGAUGCUACCUCAUUACUCAUACACUCAGCUGAUGGGUUUCUGGACAGCAGUGCCUCAGGCUGGAUAGUGGAUCAAGAUUGGACUCAGAGCUCAGCUUCAGGAGAUGGGAGUCCUACUCCUUCCUCACCCACUGUCUUCUCCACGGAACCACAAGCAGAAGAAGUGGAGUUGGAGGAACACUCUUCAUCCUUCUAUUUUGAGAGUGAGAAUGUGACAGAGGGAGAAGGUACCAUAUUUGGUGUUUCCCUUCACCCAAGCCCACCCGUGGCUCUGGGGGGUAUGGAGGAAGAAAACAGCGGAUCAGGAGAGAGCCUCACAGAUAAUGAGACAUCCUCUGAUUUCAGUAUCCCAGAGCGUGCUGACAGAGGCUCAAAGGAAGAACCAGUGGAAGAUGCCAGUAACAGUAGUCACGAGUCUUGGGUGGGUCUGGUGUCCAGUGUGGAGCAUCAGAGGAAAGCUGUGGUUCCUCUGGCUGUGGUUUCAACCCUCACCUGCCUCUGCCUUAUCGUACUAAUUGGCAUUCUCAUCUACUGGAGGAUGUGCUUUCAGACUGCUCAUUUCUACAUAGAUGACAACAUGUCCCCUAGGGUCAUAUCUUACUCUCCCCCUACGUUAAGUCACACAGAUGAGCAUGAAGCUCUUUCAGUGGAGCAAUUUCUCCAACAUGUUAAAGAACUUCAUGACACCAGGUCGUUCUCCAGGGAGUUUGAGAUAUUGAAAGAGUAUUUCGAGGAGAUUCAGUCAUGCACCGUGGAUCUGGGUGCGACGAUGGACAGCUCUGUUCAUCCAGAUAACAAGAGCAAGAACCGAUAUGUCAACAUUUUAGCCUAUGACCACAGUAGAGUCAGACUUUCACCCCAAACUGAUAAAGAUGGGACGUGUGCAGGGGAUUAUAUCAAUGCCAACUAUGUAGAUGGUAUUAAUAAACUAAGGGCCUACAUAGCAGCUCAGGGCCCCCUGAAGUCGAGCACUGUGGACUUCUGGAGGAUGGUGUGGGAGCAGAAUGUUGGCAUAAUCGUCAUGAUCACAAAUCUGGUGGAGAAAGGCAGAAGAAAAUGUGACCAGUAUUGGCCUUUGGAGAGCCAAGAAGAAUAUGGCCAAUUUCUUGUGACUGUUAGGAGUACCAAGGUCAUGGCUUUCUACACCCAAAGAACCUUCACCAUAAGAAACACACGUGUAAAGAAGGCUUCUCAGAAAGGUCGUGUUAAUGAGAGGACGGUAGUGCAGUACCACUACACACAGUGGCCGGAUAUGGGUGUGCCUGAGUGUGUCUUGCCUUUACUCGCGUUUAUCCGCAAGUCGUCUAGAGCCUGGACCAGGGACAUGGGGCCCAUAGUGGUCCACUGCAGUGCUGGCGUGGGGCGAACAGGUACCUACAUUGUCCUGGACAGCAUGUUGAAGCAAAUCAAGGAGCAGGGUACGGUGAACAUCAUGGGCUUUCUCAAACAUAUCCGCACUCAGAGGAACUACCUGGUGCAGACUGAGGAGCAGUACGUCUUCAUCCAUGAUGCGCUGGUGGAAGCAAUCCUAAGCAAAGAGACAGACGUCCCCACUAGCCGUGUUCAUAGUUAUGUUAACGAUCUGCUUACCACCGACUCUUCAUGUACAACAUGCCUGGAAAAGCAGUUUAAGCUGGUGAGUAGGUCCAACACCAAGCAGGAUGAGUUUACUGCUGCUUUAAAAGACUGCAACAAAGACAAGAACAGGAUGUCCUCGUUGAUGCCUGUGGACAGAUGCAGAGUGAGUUUAUCUACAACAUCAGAAGAAACCUCAGACUACAUCAAUGCUUCUUAUAUCAUGGGAUAUCAGCACAUCAAUGAGUACAUCAUCACCCAGAAUCCUCUGCCAAAUACAGUGAAGGAUUUCUGGAGGAUGAUUUGGGACCACAAUGCUCAGGUCAUCGUCUCACUACCCGAUGGCCCCGGCCUGACGGAGGAGAACGAGCUGGUGACGUUCUGGCCCAGUAGAGACCAGUCUAUUAGCUGCAAAAUGUUCACAGUGUCCUUAAAGGGAGAGGAGCAUGUGUGUCUGUCUAAUGAAGAGAUGCUGAUUGUGCAGGAUUACGUCCUAGAAGCUUCUCAGGACGACUUUGUUCUGGAAGUGAGGCAUUACCGUGCUCCUCGCUGGCCAAACCCAGACAGUCCAAUCAGCAAGACGUUUGAGCUCAUCAAUGUAAUUCGAGCGGAGCAGGCCACUAAAGAGGGACCCAUGGUUGUACAUGAUGAUUGUGGUGGUGUGACGGCCGGGACGUUCUGCACCCUCUACACCCUGCUCCAGCAGCUGGAGGCUGAAAGCUCUGUGGAUGUUUACCUGGUGGCCAAGAUGACCAACCUGAUGAGGCCUGGGAUCUUCACUGAUAUUGAUCAGUACCAGUUCCUCUACAAAGCCAUUUUGAGUCUGGUCGGCACCCAAGAAGACGAAAAAGCCAUGCAGUCCUCCAAAAACACCACCACAUUCCCAGGAGGCACUGCAAGUGCCGCAGACAGUCUGGAAUCCCUGGUGUAACCAUAGUAAUGUGUGUACGAGGCUCUCACAGAUCUUUUCCCUGCUGCUCCUUUUUCUCUCUCUUUUUUUACCUGAUCACAUCCCAUGUGCACAUGAGCUCACCAAACACUACACUGCUACCCUGGAACUCAACAUGUGCCUUUGUGUCUUCGUUACAAAUCUGAUUCUGCUUAACGUUUGACUUUUCUAGUCUACGGCUCGUCUUUGUACUAACGUCUUACUAAUUUUUCGAAAGAAUAUUUCAUAUUCAUUUCAUAUUUAUUGGCAUUACAGCUCGAAACCACUCUGUUAAUGAGGUUUAUUUUUAGAGCGUAGAUCGUAGCAAACAAGAGCCACAUUGUUUUUUUUUUUUUUACAUAAUGUAAAUACAAAGACUGUGGCUUUUUUUCGGUCACACUUUUCAGACAAGAAAAUGAAAUAAUAUUCUAAUUUGUAAAUAUUAUAGCAACCAACUCAAUGGACCAAAUUUCUAUUUAUAUGGUUAGAUUUUUAUAUUUUACUACUGUUAAGGCUGUAGUGCUCUGCGCUGUAUGUAUGAACAUACUCAAUGUAGAAAAUAUUAUUCUAAUACUUUUGAAGUCUCAUUCUUACACUGAUUUAACAUGAACCAUACUCACACUCUAGCCAAACAUAGAGACUGUUUCUGUUACAUGUAGGAUUAAACAAAAGUAAAAUAAAGUUUGUUUUUUUUAAACAACA